CAUGUCUCAUAUUAACGUCAUCUAAAGGUGCAGCAGCUGAUCUUUGCUCUUUGUGUCUCAGAGUGACGGCAGCCUGCAGACACAGAGGAGGAUUUUCUCUCAGACCUGGUCCAGACAGCAGAGAGCUGCAGAGGGAAGAAGCUGAGGAGACACGAUGACGUCAGAGGUGCUCUUGAACAUCCUGGAUGAUCUGGAUGAUGAGGAGCUGUCUAAACUCCAGUGGUUCCUGCAGAAACCCAACAAUGUUCAAGGCCUCCCAGCCAUCACAAAGAGCCGACUGCAGACACGAGACAGGUGUAAAACUGUGGAUGUGAUGGUGGAGACUUAUGGACUUCAGAGAGCUGUGCAGGUGACCAGGGUGGUUUUAGAGAAGAUCUCCAGGAAUGAUCUGCUGCAGAGGUUGCCUGCCAGCAGCUCAGGACCGGAAGAUGAGACUGUUCCGGUACCAGAACCACGUCCCAUCAGAUAUUACCAACAGAAGCUUCAAUCAAACUUCCAGGACACGUUUCUAUGUGCAACAGAGGGGUGGGAAGAAGAUGAGCAGCUUCUGGUUGAUAUCUACACAGAGCUGUACAUCACAGCUGGCCGGGACGUGCACGUUAACACACAGCAUGAGGUCCGACAGAUUGACAAGGUGUGGAAGCCAUCAGACACAGAGACACAGAUCCAACCCAGAGACAUUUUCAAACAUCCGUCUGGAAAAGACAUACCCAUCAGAACAGUGAUGACCAAUGGAAUUGCAGGGAUUGGAAAAACAUUCCUCGUGCACAAGUUUGUGUUGGACUGGGCUGAAGAAAGAACCAAUCAAGAUGUGCAUCUUAUUUUCCCGUUCACUUUCCGUGCCCUGAAUUCACUGCAGGGACAAGAGUUUGGUUUGGCAGAGCUCAUUCAUUUCUGUAUCCCAGAAACUAAAGACAUCCCAGUGGAGGCUUUAAAUUACAUCUUUACAGCUCUGCAGUCAUCAGGAACCAGCAGCUACAAGAAGAGCAGAUUCAAACUGCUGUUUGUGUUUGAUGGACUGGACGAGAGUCGCCUUCAUCUGGACUUUGAUGUCAACAACAUUCGCUCCCUGGAUGUAACAAAGUCAACUAAAAUAGAAGUCCUGCUGAGGGAACUGAUCAGUGGAAAACUGUUGCGCUCAGCUCGCCUCUGGAUAACCACACGACCUGCAGCAGCCAAUCAGAUCCCUCAAAACCUCGUUAACACUACAACAGAGGUCAGAGGUUUCACCGACCCACAGAAGGAGGAGUACUUCAGGAAGAGAUUCAAGGAGCAGACCAGCAGCAUCAUCUCCCACAUGAAGAAGUCACGAAGCCUCCACAUCAUGUGCUACAUCCCAGUGUUCUGCUGGAUCACUGCUACAGUUCUGGAGGAGCUGUGUGAAACCAGAGAGGAAGGAGAUCUACCCAGAACCCUGACUGAGAUGUACAUAGAGUUUCUAAGAUUUCAGAUUGAUCAUACAAAAGAAAAGUAUGGUCCAGAGAAGUGCAUUCAGUACAUUAAGUCAUUAGCUAAACUGGCUUUUGAACAACUGCAAAAGGGCAACCUGAUCUUCUAUGAGAAAGAUCUGAGAGGAAGUGGCAUCGAUGUGAGUGAAGCCUCAGUGUACUCAGGAGUGUUCACAGAGAUCUUCAAAGCAGAGCGUAGACGGAAACAGAAAGACAAGGUGUUCUGCUUCAUCCAUCUGAGCGUUCACGAGUUUCUGGCUGCUCUUCAUGUCCAUCUGACCUUCAUCAACUCUGGAAUCAACCUGCUGGAAGAAGAACAACAAACAACCUCCAACAAACCUGAUCCAGCAGGUUUCUACCAGAGAGCUGUGGACGAGGCCUUACAGAGUCCAAACGGACACCUGGACUUGUUCCUGCGCUUCCUCCUGGGUCUGUCACUGCCGACCAAUCAGAAUCUCCUACGAGGCCUGCUGACACAGACAGAAAGUAGCUCACAGACCAAUCAGAAAACAGUGGAGUACAUCAAGGAGAAGAUCCGUGAGAAUGUGUCUGUUGAGAGAAGCAUCAAUCUGUUCCACUGUCUGAAUGAACUGAACGAUGUUUCUCUAGUGGAGGAGAUCCAACGGUCCCUGAGAUCAGGACGUCUGUUCAGACAUGAACUGUCUCCUGCUCAGUGGUCAGCUCUGGUCGUCAUCUUACUCUCAUCAGGAGAAGAUCUGGACGUGUUUGACCUGAAGAAAUACUCUGCUUCAGAGGAGGCUCUUCUGAGGCUGCUGCCAGUGGUCAAAGCCUCCAAGAAAGUUGUACUGAGUGGCUGUAAUCUGUCAGAGAGAAGCUGUGGAGCUCUGUCCUCAGUCCUCAGCUCCCAGUCCUCCAGUGUGACAGAGCUGGACCUGACUAACAACAACCUGCAGGAUUCAGGAGUGGAGAGUCUUUCUGCUGGACUGGAGAGUCCACACUGUAAACUUGAAGCUCUCAGACUUAAUAACUGUAAUCUGUCAGAGAGAAGCUGUGGAGCUCUGUCCUCAGUCCUCAGCUCCCAGUCCUCCAGUGUGACAGAGCUGGACCUGACUAACAACAACCUGCAGGAUUCAGGAGUGGAGAGUCUUUCUGCUGGACUGGAGAGUCCACACUGUAAACUGGAAGCUCUCAGGCUGUCAGGCUGUCUGGUCACAGAGGAAGGCUGUGCUUCUCUGGCCUCAGCUCUGAGCUUCAAGACCUCAAAUCUGAGAGAGCUGGACCUGAGCUACAACUAUCCAGGAGACUCAGGAGAGAAGAUGCUGAGAGCUAAAGUGGAGGAUCCAGACUGUAGACUGGAAACUCUCAGGGUAACGCCUGCUGGAGUCCGAUGGUUGACACCAGGUCUGAGGAAGUAUUCCUGUCAACUCACAGUCGACACAAACACAGUACACAGAAAAUUCCAACUGUCUGACAACAACAGGAAGGUGACACAUGUGGGGAUGAUUCUGUCGUAUCCUGAUCAUCCAGACAGGUUUGACUACUGGCAUCAGCUGCUGUGUCGAACUGGUCUGACUGGUCGCUGUUCCUGGGAGGUGGAGUGGAGAGGAAGGGUUGAGAUAUCAGUGAGUUACAGAGGAAUCAGAAGGAAAGGAGACAGUGAUGACUGUAGGUUUGGACGUAAUGAUCAGUCCUGGAGUCUGAUCUGCUCUGAUGAUCGUGGUUACACUGUCUGGCACAAUAAGAGUCAAACACCCAUCUGGUCCUCCUCAGUUUCUCACAGAGUUUCAGUUUAUGUGGACGUUCCUGCUGGAACUCUGUCCUUCUACAGAGCCUCCUCUGACUCUCUGAUCCACCUCCACACCUUCAACACCACAUUCACUCAACCUCUCUAUCCUGGAUUUGGGUUCUCACCUGGUUCCUCAGUAUUUCUGUGCUGAGUUCAGUCUCCAGAGUCUCCUCCUGGUAGAGAAACAGUGUUGAACAUAUAGUUGAGUCUCUCCAUGACUCUGUCCCUCAGAAACAUGUUUUCACAUUCAUGGAUUAAAUGUGUUUCUUUGUGAAAUCCUUGUAAAUGAUUCCUUGUAAACUCGUUCCUCUUCAAAGAUGGAAGUUGUGAUUAUUCCAGGAGCCAAAUGUGGUGUUUGCGUCUUUUUCCAGUCAAAUGUUGAGAGUGAAAAUCAGGAUGUGGUGUUCCUCUGACGCUCACUUGAACUAAAAGCAUUUGAGCUGCACAAAGUGUGAAAUGAGAGAGGAAGCAGUGAAUCUACAAACUGCUUUCACACAUUAUUGUCCAGUGAAAAUCAGGUUUUUGUGCAGCCAGACUUGAUCCUGAUUUGAGUGUUUCAGUCCUGUUCUAGUGAUGAAAUGAGAACUUCCUUCAUCUUGUGUGUGAUGGAGAAGAAUAAAGGGCUGUGGCUAAAAA